AGACAGUUGUUAACGUACCUACUAGGUACACACAUAAAUAUACUAUUCCAUUAGUACAAUGUCUUGUGCCGUUUCCGUAAGUGGCGGAAUAUUUCGACAACUCUGAGCGCUUCGCCAGGAAUUUCAGUAUUUGUAAAACAAAAGUUAUAAGGAUUUUCGUGGUACUUGUUCUCUAAUCCCAUAGCUUAUUGUAUUAAAAGUACCUACAUACUUACGCCGGAUCAAAUUACAUCUCCCCACGCCCAUGAAAACACGUGGAAAACCCAUCAACUUACCGACGACGCCCCAUUCAGUGUACGGUGUUUGUUACUAACUAAUGGACCCUUUCUAUAACCUGCCAAUCAAAUCUUGUAUAAAAGGUAUAGGAAAAAUCUGUCUUCAUUCAGUUAUCCUGUGAAACCGGUGAGAAGCGGUCGCAGCCAUGUUAAGUGGAUCUCUAACAAUAGUCACAGCAUGUUCCAGUUUCUUACUCAUCAUCCAAAUAUUUACACCGAAAGUGGUAGCGAUGAGGAAAUUACCAGAUGCAGAUGAAUUUAUGAUCGAAAAUCAAAGAACUAGGACCCACACAAGGCAGAAUUAUGUAUUUCAGAGAGAUCGUGACGAGGAAAUGUCUGGUGGUAUGGAGAACACAGGACCUGCUUAUGUUACUGAACCGUUAGACCCUGAUCCAAACCCUGAAGAAUUGCCUGCUUUGAUAGUGGAUUAUGCAAAUAUGAUCAGAAAUGACAUUAUAUUAUUAGAUAAUUCCGUCGAAACCAGAACCAGGAAAAGAGGAAAUGUUAGGAGCAAAUAUGAUGACAGGGAAAUUAUGGGUCUACCGCCGUGCAGUUGCGAGUCUCACAGUAAAGAAAUAAACCUCAUAGAAAAAUAUGGAACUAGCGUAUAUCCUUCGACUCUGAAGACAACGCAAUGCAACGACACUAUGUGUUCAACUGGCUACCGUUGCAAACGAACCUACUACAAUGUAAUUGUUUUGAAAAAAAAGACAAGAUCAAAUGAGAAGGGUGAUGACAAGCUCCCGGAUGAUUUCACCCUCUGGGUUGCGCUCAAAGAGAAAAUCACUACUGGCUGCUCCUGUAUUGUUGGAGGCUCCGAACUUAAUUAAGCAAUUAGUUUUUAUCAAUUAUGUAUUGUGCUCUAUUUAUUGUGUAUUAUA